ACCUCCAUUUCAGCAAGAGUUUAAAACGAUGAGAUUCCUUUAUCCUUGUUUUUGAUGCAAUACUUCAGUAUGGUGAAGUUAGUUUGAGAAACUUUGUUUUGGGAAGCUUUUACGCGCAAGAGUCUCCAGCUCUCCAGAAGAUCUCCGCAUGUCUUUGGUGAAUCAUAACUAGCUGCUUCUCUCAAUUGUGUGUUUUUUUUUUUUUACCACACACACACACACACACAAAGAUGUUUUCCUACGAGAUGUUCAUCUGCGUCCUGGCCAUCGCCUGUCUUCUGGAGAUCCCCCGAGGCACCUCGGCCGCGUCCUGCGAGCCCAUCCGCAUCCCCAUGUGCAGGUCCAUGCCGUGGAACAUGACCAAGAUGCCCAACCACCUUCAUCACAGCACGCAGGCCAACGCCGUGCUCGCCAUCGAGCAGUUUGAAGGGCUCCUGGGCACCCAGUGCAGCCCGGACCUGCUGUUCUUCCUAUGCGCCAUGUACGCGCCCAUAUGCACCAUCGAUUUCCAGCACGACCCCAUCAAGCCCUGCAAGUCCGUGUGCGAGCGGGCCAAGUGCGGCUGCGAGCCGGUCAUGAAGAAGUACAACCAUACGUGGCCGGAGAGUCUGGCCUGUGAGGAGCUGCCCGUGUACGACCGAGGAGUCUGCAUCUCACCUGAGGCCAUAGUCAAGGCAGAGGGGCCAGAUAAUCCUUACUAUCAAGACCCUUCAAAAUGUAAUCCUGAGGGAAACCCAGACUUCCCGAUGGAUUCACACAAUGCCAACUGCAAAGGAGCUAAUGAUCGGUGCAAAUGCAAGUCUGUGAGACUUGGUCAAAAGACAUAUUCAAAGAACAAUUACAAUUAUGUCAUCCGGGCAAGAGUGAAAGAAAUAAAGACUAGAAACCAUGACCUGAGCGCCAUCGUGGAGGUCAAAGACGUUCUGAAGUCUUCUCUGGUCAACAUCCCUCGAGACACCGUCACUCUUUAUUAUAACUCUGUGUGUCUGUGUCCUCCACUACUAGCCAAUGAGGAAUACAUCAUCAUGGGUUAUGAAAACGAGGAACGGUCCAGACUGCUGCUCAUUGAUGGAUCCAUUGCACAGAAGUGGAAAGACAAAAUGGGACGGAAAGUGAAGCGCUGGGACCAGCUUUUGCGUGAGCAGAGCCGAGCAAACCCAGGCAGGAGCAACACGAGACGGGGCCGCCACUAACUGUCCUUGGAAAAACCACACGGACAAGCCCGAGGAGGAGAAGAGGGUCAUGACUCAUGAAUCUGAAAAAUUGCACUAUUGUACUUUUUUUUGUUUGUUUUUCAUUUUUGGCUGAGACUGUUUUUUUUAGUUGUUGCUUUAAGUUUUAUUGUUGUUCUAUUCUCAUAAACAAAAUGUUGCCAUUGCACAAACAAAAUGUUGGUUUGACAUUGCUUUGUAUACUUGUUGGGAAAGGGUUGGCGAGUGUCGGGCAGCGUUUGCCCAUCAAAGUUGGAAGGGAUGAACGGGAGGGAGGAAUAUUUAAUCUGGAGAGCCACGGAGAUGCCGGUGUGCUUUGACAUGAUGCAGCGCUACAUUGAGCUCUGCGAACAAGCACGCCCUCAUCACGAACAUUUCCCCCUCAGGAGGUUUAAACGUUCUUCGGAAGAACAAUGAACAGUGUGGUCGGAGAGAGAGAGAGAGAGAGGGAAAGAAAGAGAGAGAAUCCUUUUGGCAGAAGCACAAAGACAUCAAGAUGAUCCAAGACUAGGAGUGUAACAUUAUCGUGGACGACGAAAACAAGCUGUUGGGCUUUCUGAAUGAUGUUCAUUUAAAAAAAAAGAUAAA